AUGAAGAACGUUGCCGGAGCCGCAUUGGUCGGCUUUGCGGCCGUUGCCAGUGCCAAUUCCUCCAGCCCUCCUGCAUCUGAGCCGACCGGGGCCACAUAUGCAUCUGGAUUUGACAUGACCAAGAGCUGGGCCAAUUUGAGUCCUUAUAGAGAUGCAGAUGGCUUCGGUGUUCCCAAGGGAGUGCCGCAGGGUUGUGAGCUGUCCCAGGUGCAUGUCUUGCAUCGUCAUGCUCAAAGAUUCCCCACACCUUAUCCGUUGGAUGGAGCAGGGAUGGAAGACUUCGCAGCCAAAUUCACAAACUAUACUAAGGCCAACCCCGACACAGUAGUGGGUAAAGGUCCUCUCAAAUUCUUGAACAAAUGGGAGUACGUUCUCGGCGAAGACACCUUAAUGGAGAAUGGUGCCGCGACCGAGGCUACCUCUGGUGCCAAUUUCUGGAUCAACUAUGGUAGACUUUUGUACCGCGCUGGCCGGGGGAAGGUCGCUGCGUGGAACGAUUCCUUGAAUGUGUACUCCAAUGGCACGGCUCGCCCCAAGCCAGUGUUCCGCACCACGUCACAGGCCCGGAUUCUUGAAAGUGCCAGAUGGUGGAUUAGUGGCUUCUUCGGAAACAGUGGCGCAAAUAGUUCUUAUGAUCAAUACGACCUUGUUAUUAUUCCCGAGGAAGCGGACUUCAACAAUACCCUAGCAUCAUAUGAGCCUUGCGCCUCUGGUGAUAUGACCGAAGGUGAUGACGCCGCUGAAAUUUUCAUCAACCGAUACACUAAGAAUGCUCUCUCUCGAUUUUCAUCUUACCUACCUAGCGAUUUCAACCUAACUGCUCUCGAUGUGCUUGCUAUGCAGAACAUCUGUGUUUAUGAGGACACUAGUCUCGGCGGCUCAUCUUUCUGCUCCCUCUUCACUGAACAGGAGUGGAAGGACUUCGAGUACAACAUUGAUGUUCAAUACUACGGAGACUACGCCUAUGGCUCCCCUACCGGUCGCGCUCAGGGUAUUGGCUACGUUCUGGAGCUUGCUGCUCGCCUGCAACAUAAGCUCAUCACCUCCAGCGACACUAGCAUUAACUACACAUACGACAACAAUCUCGAGCAGUUUCCUUUUGGUCAACCCUUCUACAUGGAUAUGUCCCACGACGAUAUCAUUCUAUCCGUUAUCAACGCGCUCAGUCUCGAAUAUUUCAACUAUGGUCCCCACGGGCUUCCCGUCAACAUCGAUCAUGCGCCCAAGCGCAACUUUACAUUGAACCAAAUGACUCCAUUUGGUGCACGAUUCAUGUCAGAGAUUUGGACCUGCCCGAAGAACACAUCCUUCAGCACUCUCGAUCCUGUUCUGCUAUCUAACCCCAACCUUGCGUCGGAGAAGGGCACCACUGACUACAUCCGGUUUGUUCUGAAUGGUGCCCCGUUGCCAUUGAAGGGCCUUCCGGGCUGUCAGUCCGCUAAGGAGGGCUUCUGUCCUGUUCAAAAGUUCUUGCGUGCUGUGCCUGGUCUGAAGGAGAAGGCUGAGUAUCAGCAUGCCUGCUUCGGCAACUACACCACUGGAAGCCAAGUCGCUGAUGGUGCACCCGAAUCUUAG